CUUCAUGAAUCCAAUUCACAUGCUGACAGAAGGAGCCUCAGGCAUUUACAUGUCUUAUAAAAGCAGCAGAGUUUCCUCCCACACACUGUCAGUGCUUUCUAGCUAUUUGAGGAAAGCAGUUUUCAAACCCUGCAGCUAUGCCUCCUCCAGGUGUGUGCAUGAACAUCAUCAGUGCACGCCACAUGAAAGAUGGCUAUGGGACUGUCACCAACCCCGAGAGGUUCCUAAACCAAGACUUCCACCAGAUGAAACAGUACUGUCUCAUCCGACAGGUGAGGUACAUCGAUGAGAUGUUCCCCCCUGACAGAAAUUCAGUCGGCAGUGGGAUACUGAAGCCUUCUGACCUUGCCCGAGUGGUGUGGCUGAGACCAGGGAAAAUCGUUCCGAAUCCAUCUUUUGUAGUUGACGGGGUCUCCAGGUUUGACUUUGGUCAAGGGUUGGUUGGAAACUGUUGGUUUCUCGCUUCUAUUGGAGCGCUGACAUUCCAGAAUCACAUCCUCGGUCAGGUUGUUCCACUUGAGCAAAACUUUGACGAGAACUACUGUGGACUGUUCCACUUCAGGUUCUGGAGAUUUGGAAGAUGGGUGGAUGUCGUCAUUGAUGACAAGCUGCCAACAAUCGAUGGUAGACUAAUUUUUGUCCACUCCAGAGACCCAACUGAAUUCUGGCCUGCUUUGUUGGAAAAAGCCUACGCAAAGGUGUGUGGUUCCUACACAGACAUGAAUGCUGGAACUCCUGCCGAGGCCUUGGUAGACUUCACUGGUGGGGUCCACAUAUGUAUCAAUCUGGCAAACCCUCCUCCAAACCUGUGGGAAAUGAUGUGCAGAGCCGGCCAGUCCAAGUCACUGAUGGGUUGUGGUACACAGCAGGGUGCAACAUCUGCCAACACUGUACUACCAAAUGGACUGGUCCAAGGCCAUGCCUACACUGUAACUGGUGUUAAAGAGGUGAUGAGCCGAGAGCAGAUUGUGAACCUGGUGCGUUUGUGGAAUCCGUGGGGCCAAGGAGAGUGGAACGGAGACUGGAGUGAUCAGUCGCCUCUGUGGCAAACCGUGAGUCCUCAAGAUCGAGACAUGUGCCUGUCGGUGCGUGACGACGGGGAGUUUUGGAUGCACCUGCAGGACUUCUGUAAGUUCUACACAGAUCUUGACAUCUGCUGCUUGUGUCCCGACUUCCUUGAUGGGAACUCCAUUUGUCACUGGAGGACCUCCUUCUAUGAAGGCCGAUGGGUUGCAGGAACCACUGCUGGAGGCUGCAUGAAUAACCCUGGGAGCUUCUGGACAAAUCCACAGUAUCGGGUCAAGGUUGAUGAAUUAUCCAGCGAGUGCUCGGAGAAACAGGGUGAAAAAAACAUGCUGGUGUCUCUCAUGCAAAAGCCUGACAAGAGGAACAGACACCUGGUCCAGACCCUCCACAUUGGCUUCUCUGUAUUUGAGGUGCCUGAAAACUACGUGGCACACAGGGGGAAAUUCCCAGCCUCUUUCUUCAGUAUGAACAAACCUGUCGCCCAGAGUAAAACCUACGUGGAUGCCCGUGACGUGAUGGAGUUUAUGGCACUGAAGCCUGGUGAAUACCUGAUUGUGCCGUCCACCUACAGUCCUAAUGAGACCGCCUCCUUCAUCCUCACCAUUCUGUCCAAGGCUGAGACCCACGUGCAUGAGAACUCUGGUGGUCUUGAACCCAUGGAAGUGAAAGAGAGCAUAGCAGGGGAAAAUGGUGAGAAUGACGAAAGUAGAAGGACACUGUUCCGUCAAUAUUCUGACAAGUAUGAAGAAGUGGACGCAGAGCAGCUGCAGAGGCUCCUAAAUGAAAAAAUACUAAAAGGAGAGUUGAAAUCUGGAGGAUUCAGCACCGAUGCCUGCCGCAGCAUGGUUGCUCUGAUGGACACAUCUGUUACUGGAAAGUUGAACUGUGAGGAGUUUGUUCUUCUGUGGAAGAAGGCUGUCACAUACCAGGAAAUUUUCUCCCACUCUGAUGUUUCAAAAACUGGGACACUGUCACUAAGUGAGCUGAGAAAUGCCAUCAUAGCUUCAGGAAAGAAGGUCAGCGAUGAGAUGCUGAAUUUGAUGGCUCUGCGUUACGGCACCUCGUCUGGGCACAUUACUCUGGAGAGCUUCAUCAGUCUACUCCUUCGCUUUGACUGCAUGUACCAAAUCUUCAGCCAGCUGUCUGAUGGCAGGGCUGUGACUCUUCAGGAAACAGAGUGGAUGUACCUUGCAAUGUACACUUAACCUGACAGAGAAGAUGACCUGCAGGGAUGAGCACAAAGAAACAAAGUGAAAUGAACUAUUACAGGUUAUGUGACAGCAGAAAUAUGCACAGAGCAGCAGACCUCGACUACAAAUCUGUGAUAAUCAGAAAUUAUGCUUACAGUAAAACAGCUUCAGCCAUCUGCACUGAUUUUACACUGAAAUAUUGCAUCUGUUACAAAUACUGUUAAGUGGAUCAUCAGCACAAAGUUUGUGCAAAAUCUUUGUGUGCUGUAACACCCUAAAAUAAUUUUGGUACAUACCUCAUGUACUCAUGUACCUUUUCUACAUCCCCCUUUUUGACUUUGAAAUUCCACUAAAACUGUAACAUUAACCACACAAACUUUGACACUGGCCAUAACUUCUAUUUUUAUCAUUGCCCUUACUUUUUAUUUUUUCUAAACUAUUUUUACAGCCUCGAAUGCAAUCUGUCUUAGUAUUACUUCUCAAAUGAGGUGCCUGCCCAUUACCUUGACCUUCAAACUUUACAUUGGCCUUUACUUUUUUCUAUAUUUACUUUUUUACUAUAACAGCACUUUGUUGACAUUUAGCUCAGGUCACAUGCAACUUUGUGCUUCUAACUGUGCAUAA